AUGGCCAGCCCGUCCUCCUCCUCCUCGUCCCCGUCCCGCAAGGCCCUGAGCAAGAUCGCGUGCAGCCGCCUGCAGAAGGAGCUCGCGGAGUGGCAGGUCAACCCGCCCGCCGGCUUCAAGCACAGGGUCACCGACAACCUCCAGAGGUGGGUCAUCGAUGUAGCCGGGGCACCAGGCACGCUCUACACCGGCGAGACCUACAAGCUGCAGGUGGAUUUCCCCGAGCAUUAUCCCAUGGAGGCACCUCAGGUUAUAUUUCUGCAUCCAGCACCGAUGCAUCCACACAUUUACAGCAAUGGACACAUCUGUUUAGAUAUAUUGUAUGACUCAUGGUCCCCAGCGAUGACUGUCAGUUCUAUCUGUAUCAGCAUAUUAUCUAUGCUGUCCAGCUCACCAGCAAAGCAACGCCCAGCCGAUAAUGAUCGCUAUGUCAGGAACUGUCGCAAUGGGAGGUCACCGAAGGAGACCAGGUGGUGGUUCCAUGACGACACUGUGUGA